AUGAUGUAUGGGGAAGCUGAAAGUUUGUUAAGGUACUUUCACUUGCAAGCAAUGGAGAAUCCUUCUUUCCAAUAUUCAGUUCAGUUGGAUUGCGAAGAAAAAAUAACAAACAUAUUUUGGGCAGAUGCAAAAAUUAUCAUUGACUAUUCUUCAUUUGGAGAGGUAGUUGCCUUUGAUACUACAUUCCACCCAAAUAAAGAAAAUAGACCACUUGGUGUUUUUGUCGGUUUCAACCAUUUCAGGGAGACAGUUGUUUUUGGAGCUGCUCUAUUAUAUGAUGAAACAAUUGAAUCUUUUAAAUGGCUUUUUGAAACCUUUCUAGCAACCCAUGACAAUAAGCAUCCAAAGACUAUAUUUACAUAUCAAGAUAUGGCUAUGGGAAUUGCUAUUGUAGAGGUGAUGCCGGGUGUGUGGCAUGGACUAUGUACUUGGCACAUCAAGAAAAAUGCAACAAAGCACUUGUUAAGUAAUGGAGCUGAUAUUUUUCGAGAAUUCAAAGCAUGUAUGUAUAACAUUGAACAAGAGGCAGAGUUUGAAAAAGCUUUCGAUGCAUUGCAUGGGAAAGUGAAAAAGGUUAAUUGCUUUCAAGAUGAGUAUGAAUUGUCUACUGCAGCUUAUGUUAAAGAUGUUGUAGAAGGUCAACUUCACAAUGAAUAUAGAGUUGCCAUCUUCAAUCUAGAUAAUGAUAGCUCUAUUGAUAAGGAAUACUUGGUAUUUGGUGAUGCUUCGACUAAAACAGUUUCAUGUAGCUGUAGAAUGUUUCAGAGAUCAGGGAUAUUAUGUGCUCAUGCUUUGAAGGUCCUUGAUGAUAUGAACAUUAAAUUGAUUCCCGAUAGAUAUAUGUUGAAACGUUGGACAACAGAAGCUAGGAGUGGAGUCGUGCAAGAUAGAUGUGGGAGGACUGUUCUUGAGGACCCUCGGUUGGAAGCUACUCGAAGAUAUAAAGCUUUAUGUAGGAAAUUUUUAGAAGCAUCUUGUCAAGCAUAUAACUUUGUAGAAGUAUCCUCAUUGGUCGAUAGUGGGUUGGAUAAUAUUAUUGUUAAGGUUAACAAGAAAGGUCAAGCAUGA